UAGCCCGCCCCCGGGGUUCGAUUGGUCGCGCAGCAGCGGCGGGCGGCGCUGAUUGGCUAUCGGGCGAGGGUCUGUGGCCGGAGGGCGGUGCGGCCGGCAGUCAUGGCGGCGCUGGCGGUGCUGGCCGGGCUGCUGGCGGUGGUGCUCGGCGCCGCAGGCGAGCCGUGCCCCGAGCCCACCAUCGUGCCCUCGUACUACACUACCUCGGACGCCGUUAUCUCCUCCGAGAGCGUCUUCGUGGUGGAGAUCUCGCUGGCCUGUAAGAACGGCGCCCAGAACGUGGCUCUCUACGCCGAUGUCAACGGGAAGCAGUUCCCCGUCACCCGGGGGCAGGACGUGGGACGCUACCAGGUCUCCUGGAGCCUGGAGCACCGCAGCGCCCAGUCGGGCACCUACGAGGUGAAGUUCUUCGACGAGGAGUCGUACAGCGCCCUGCGCAAGGCUCAGCGCAACAACGAGGACGUCUCCCGAAUCCGGCCCCUCUUCACCGUCAACGUGGACCAUCGGGGCGCCUGGAACGGUCCCUGGGUGUCGACGGAGGUGGUGGCGGCCGCCAUCGGCCUCGUCAUCUAUUACCUGGCCUUCAGCACCAAGAGCAGCAUCCAGGCGUAGGCCCCCCCCCCCCCAAAACACGGACCUCCCCCCCCCCCAUUACAGCCCCCCUGAGGGGGUCCCCAUGUCCUGGUGGGGAGCGGGGUGCCCCUAAAAUUGCUCUGCUCCCCCGAAAAUAAAGAAUGUGUGGGGCGGGGCUGAAGGACUUCCCCAAAGGGGAAUGGCUGGCUGGGGCUGGGCCCCAAAAAUGGGGGAGCCGCCCCCCCCCCGAGGUGGGGGUGGCUUUGUCAGGGUGGAGCCCCCCAAAUGAGGGGGGGUGUCUACCCUUAGCCCCCAAAACUGGGGGUCUUGAGGGUCCCCCCCCCACGAUUGCUGCGGGGGGGUGUCCCCAAAUGCCCCCCCUGUGGCUGUACCCCAAUAAAGGCCUGGCCCCCCCA